CAAAGAUUCCGACACCUGCGUACCCGCGAUGGAACUCUUUGAAGCAGCCAAAGGCGGUGAUGUGGACGCCGUCUGCCGUCAUAUUGAAGCGGGCGCGGACAUCGACUACCAGCACGUCGACACGAAGAUGACGCCACUCUUUGUCGCGGCGAUGAAAGGCCACGUCCGCGUCGUGCAAGCACUUCUCCGCGCCAUGGCGAACCCCUUCCUAACGGACGCGCGAGGCUACGCGCCGAUUCAACUUGCUCGUCUGAGUGGCAAAGUGGACGUUGCUGCAUUGCUCGAAAGCGCCAUCGAUGCGGUCUUCCACCUCUACGAGGCACUCGUCCAGAACGACGAGGCGACGGUCUUGCGUCUUGUCCGAGAACGUGUUCCACUGCACAUUGGAUACUCGGAGUCUCACUUUCAGUCCACGCGCCCCCUCCACCUGCACCUUGGUGCGGCGGGACGAUAUGAGUUGGAUUCGACCAACGGCACGGCCUCGAGAGGCACACUGCCACUGCACAUCGCGGCCGCCAAUGGGUCCAUCGUCCUCGUGACCGCACUCCUUGCAUGUCCACGGCCCAACGUGAAUGCUUGGAGCAGCAUCAAUACCAAGGCGCCCAAUCGGGUCACCGCACUGCACUUGGCCGCAUGGAAUGGCCACGUCACUAUUGCUCAGCUGCUCUUGGCAGCCAACGCCACCGUCGACAUCUCGGACAUUCUGGGACGGACGCCUUUGCACUGGGCAGCUCUGCAUGGCCACGUCGCUGUCGUCGCAGUCCUUGUGUCUGCCAGUGCCAGCGUCGACAAGCCAGACGAGGACGGCGCGACACCUCUGUUUAUGGCCGCACAAGGCGGCCAUCUCAAGGUCGUGCGAUGUCUCCUGUCGGCCAAGGCUGACCGAACCAAAGCCACCGUGGAAGGAACGAUGGCCCUGCACAUGGCCGCCCGGAAUGGACACGCCGAAAUCGUCAAGCAGCUAUUGACGGUACGCGCUCAAGUGGACUACAGUGACUGCCACGGAUGGACGCCGUUGCAUUGGGCUGCCAUGAACGGUCAUGCACCUGUCGUUGCCUUGCUCGUGGCGGCCCGCGCUCUCGUGAACAAGCAAGACGAGACGGGUGCAACACCACUGUACGUCGCCGCAGCCCAAGGACAUGUUAUGGUGGUCCAUGAGCUCUUAAACGCCAAAGCCAGUGUCACGAUAGCAACGCUGUCGAACGCAACGCCUCUGCACGCAGCAGUGACCAAUGGUCAUUUCCGCGUCGUCGAGCUGCUUCUGGACGCCGGUGCCAUCAUCACCAUCGAGAACGCUGUGACCACUAUGCUCUGGGAGCUUGCCGAUGAAGCCGUCUUGGAUGUGUUUCGCAUCAAGGGGAGGGUUUUCUCGCCACCCCCUACAGUCACCACGAAUACGUGUGUUGAUGCAUCCAGCGACCUUCUGCAAGCGGUACAAGACGGCAAUGUGCAGCAAUUGCAGAUGUUACUUGGCUCCAACCCUUGCCCCAAUGCAAUUCAAAACGAUACCAUGGACAAUUUGCUGCACGUGGCGGCGAAAGGCCACCACAUUGGUGUUCUCGAUGUCUUAUUGCUUCAAGCACCCACCCUCCGCCACCAUCGACGCAACAAGAGCUUGGCGACUGCGCUGCACAUUGCCAUCAAGCACCGAAAUCAGCACACAACCCAGGUGCUUCAUUACGCGAUGCGUUGGACCACACGAUACGUCCAAGCAAGGGAUAUCGACAUCAACCGCGAAGUCGCGCAUGGCAACGGCAAGGGCAGCAUUGUCUACAAGGGCACGUACAAGGACAAGGCUGUCGCGGUUAAAACGGUACUUCUCCCGUCCCAAGCGCAAAGCCUCGUCAGCGAAAUCCAAGCACUCCUACGCUGCGACUCGCCGUACCUCAUGCGGCUUUUGGCGGUCGCCGACCAAGAUACGCCAGCGCCCAAGCUCGUCUUUGAGGUCAUGGACGUCGGCAACCUCCGCAUGUACCUCGACAAGAAGCGCGAGCAUCUCUCGCUUCAGGUCGACUACUCUCUGCUUGACGUUGCGUGGGUCGUGGCGAAUGGCCUCGCCGAUCUCCAUCGUCAAGGUCUGCGCCACCGCGACCUCAAGAGCUCCAACAUCCUUCUCUCGACCACCAACUACAUCAAAGUCGGUGGUCUCGGACUUGCGUUCACGGCGUCGACUGCGCCAUCGUCACCGACGCGUAAUGGUGGCAUGCCGUUCUGGACGGCCCCCGAGAUGCUUCGGAAAGGCCAAAUCUACUCUGACAAGGCGGACGAUUUACUCUUGGAGACGCUGCAGCUGCCGUACGCGACGCAGGACAUUGACGACUGCACGUUUCGAGGCGACGUGCGCGACGGAAAGCUGCAGCCGAGUCUCAGUACCACGUGUGCGCCGUGGCUCCGUGACCUCAUUUCUCGCUGCAUCGCGUACAACCCGUCGCAGCGUCCAUCGGCCCAGGAGAUUGUCGAUGUGCUACGCGACAAAACCGAGUAGGGUUCCAUACACAGAGCUUGUAUCCUUGCAAGAAAAUGCAUUUUCGACGUAACAGACACC